AAUCGAGUGUACAACUUGAAGGCUCACCUGCGAAGUCACACCAAUUCCAAGCCGUUCUCAUGUCCCGACUGCGACCGGUCCUUUUCGCGCAAGCAUGACCUGCAGCGCCACGCUCGUGUACACACGGGCGACAAGCCAUAUAUGUGUGAACCGUGCGGGAAAACCUUCCCACGAUCCGACGCACUGCGGCGACACUGGAAA